UUGAGUUUUAUGAUAGAAUUUUAAAUUUUAAAAAUAAAAAAAUAAAUUUUAAAAAUUUGAAAAUAAAAAUAGAUUAUUUUGAUUAUUUUUUUAUUUAAAAAUUAUUUUUUUGACAAAAACUUCAAAAAUGUUAUUUGAAAUAAUUGUCAUUUUUGUAAAGCGUGGUAAUUUAUGAGAACUUCGGUGUCUUUUUACUGCUGUAUAAAACCAAGUUAUAUAAAUAAAUAAGUAACAGUUUAGAAACCUUGACGAUUACCAUCUAAAGAUGCUUGGAAUUAUGUUUUUUUAUAUGGCUAUAGACUGAUUUUAUAAAAUUUAUGCAAUUUAGCUGGUUUUGCAAUUGCUAAAGAGUAGUUGUUAUGCGUAACCGUCCGUUUAGGGCGUAGCCCAGAUGGUUAUAAUUCGUUCACACUUUGUAAGCUACUUAAAGCUGUUUAACUUGGGCCCGAAUGCCAUAGGUAUUGACUAGUGGUAAACUCGUUUGUAUUUUUAUAAAGUUUAAACGUAUUCUUAUAAUAUUCUAGUGCAUAAUAAUAAAUUAUAUGACUAAUUAAAUAUUGGUAUAAAUUGUAUUGAUAUACUUCUAAAUUAUAUAAAUUGAUUUUUAACAUCACUUCUACUCCCCCCCCCCAACCCCAACCAAGUUUAUCAUAUAAACAGGGCCGGACCAACUUUUUAUAUUGCCCCAAUCAAAAUUUAAAACUAUGCUCUCGUACAUGUUUUAUCAAGAUCACAAAACAGUAUAAAAAAUAACUUAAAUUUUCAUUAAAAAAAUCAAAUUUCAUAAUAUGUUCAGAAAAAACAUUGAUAUAACAACACUUAUUGCUGAAAUAUAGAUCUUCUUGCAUUUUUCCCUGCAAAAUCAUCCAUUAAACUCCUAUAGUCAAGUUUUUCGACCAUAGCAGUCUCAAUUGUUAUGUUUCUAUUUUAGAAUUAGGGUUUUAACUAUUAUCUAAAAUAUAAAUUUACUAAUAUAUUUAAAAAUUUUGACAAAUCUUAUUAUAACUAAAUAUGCCCAAUAGAUAAUAUUUUAACAAAAUAAUCUACAGAUUUUCUUUUUAUGUAUAUACUAAUAAUUUUUUUUUAAAUAUGCCCCACUAAUUUGGAUGUCCUAAUCCUUGGCUUGGGGGGCUUCCCCUCGAGGCCGGCCCUGCAUAUAUAUAGACCUUACUACAUAUAUAAGAAACUAGUGAACAUUAGUUCUUUAGAUCUCUAAGAAGUGUAUGGUUAUUAUUAACUCAAAUUAGUUAUGUAUGAUUGGUGAAGGUCACCCCUUCACCAUCUUGUUAUCUAUUUAGUAUUGUAACUGGCUUACGUGCAAUAUGAGAGAAAACUACAAAACCAUAAGUUAACAAAAAAAAAAGGUAUUAGAACAAGAAAAGGAUAUCCUUUAGGUAAUGUAUAUAAUAAAUAAAUAAAAAGACAAAAAGAGGAGUUUCAAUUUGCAAGGUAAAAGACACGAGAGAGAUCCUCUUAGAACGCAUAUUCCCAAAUUUGCACAACAUCUUAAACACAUUAAAAGUACCAAAAGACAACUUCGAAAACCUCUUCUCCUCAAAAACAUACUUAACUCUUAUCCAAUAAUAUCGUCGUUAUGGUGGCAGAAGCCAUGAGAAUCAAGGCAGAGGUGUACCACGGAGACAAGACAUGCAGAGAGAUAUUCGGCUCCCUUUUGUCCCAGAUCGGUUUACCAAACCGGCUCCUAAGUAACCAGGAGAUCGAAGAAUGCGGAUACGUGAAGGACACGGGUUUCGUGUGGCUAAAGCACAAGAAGAAGAACAAAGACGAUAAAAAGAGACAUCAAGACUCGUUUAGAUUCGGUAACGUCAUGGUGUGUUUCGAAGACGAAGUCACUGCUUAUUUCCAGCCGAACACGAUCAAGAAACUCACUGGUGUUAAGGCCAAGGAGUUCGUCGUCUGGAUCUCGCUCGGUGAGAUUCACGUAAACCGUCCCUCUGGUUUGAUUACCUUCAAGACACAGGUCGGUUUAUUGUCUAAGUCGUUGCCUUUGUCGGUUUUUGAAGACGUUCAAGGUAAACAUGAUGUUAUGGAGAAGCCUAAACAGGAUCAACAAAAAUUCAACGAUCCCAAAAUCUAUUUGUACUAAUAGGAAACAAAGUAAAUGUAUAUAUUUUUCUUCAAAAAAAAAGAAGUAAAUGUAUAUAUAUGUAUCUUUAAUUUUUAUUCAUAUGUAUUUAACAAAAAAAAACUUGAAGAAAAUGCAAUAUAAACAUUUACAUAUAGAGCCUAAUUACAUGAUAUCAGAUUCAAAUUUUCAUAUUGGCGAAAAGGGAUAAAGAGAAAUUGAAUCGCGCGAGAGUUGAACAACAAAAGUAUGAUGGGGAAGAAGAACAGAGCAUCUUCCCGCUUUGACUAAUUUAGAGCCAAGGCCCAUAUAUGAUAUCCACAGAUGAAUGAGAAGCUUUUGUUUAUUUUAGGCCCAAGACCCAUAAAUGUUAUCAACAAAGAUGGAUAGGAACUUUUAUAUUGAUAAGAGUAAAAAUAGAGUUUAAUGAGAAAGUUCAAAGUAGUGGAUGGGUCCGACAUAUAAUUAAGAGAAACGGAAGAGGUUAAACGGUAUAGGUCGUCAACGAAAAUGAAGAACUCAAAUAGUCUAUGUGAUGGCGUGGAAUAAGAGAUUGACAAAGAAUUGAGCCUGGAAAUUUUAAAUAAGCAGUGGGCCAAAUACAUUGUGCUCUAAACUUAAAAAUGGGCUGUACAUGUUUAUUUGGAGUGAAUUAAAAUCCAAUUUGACGUGGCAAGUUAUUGUUCCCUGAUUGGUUGAUUUUUUAAUCUGAAGUUGCAGUUCCCUCUAUUGAAUAAAUCAUUUUUAAUAUUGUAAGAUAUGCAAGGGUGGUUCUUGAAACACUAAUAGACAAAAGUAGUUAAACUUAAUGAUCAAAAAUUCAGUAUGCGGUAAUUCAGAGAAAGAUCUAGUUCCAAAUUGAUGGGACGAAGAUAUGAUUAAUUUUCUUUUGGGAACAUGGUAACAAUGCCAAACCUACGUUUUUUUUUUUUAUCAUCAACUUUUAUAGACUCAUACAGACUCUUUAAACCAAAUCGGGAGAUAUUAAUCUAUAUGAACGACAAAAGAUGGUUGCUUCUUGAUACUGCGUGCUAGGCCAAACCUACACUUUCAAUAAAAAAUUAGAAGAAAACCCUCCCUCAUCAGGCCAUCACUUAUCACUGUUGCAAGUUUAUUCUGAACUUCAAAAAUUUCCUUUCGGUGCAUUAAACCUUUUUAAAUAUCUCUAAUUAGGUCACAGGUUUAUAUAUAAAGGAAAUAAUUUAUUGUGUACUUAUAAACAUUAAAUUUUUUACUAUACCAUUAAACAAUUUUUUUUGAUAUAGCUGAUCUAGUCGGUUCCGGAAAGAACACACUA